GUCACUUCCGAUGUACGAAUCUAUUCCAUUGUACGUGAGGCAGUUCUGCGGUGCUUGAGGACUUUGUUGAACUCCGCAGUGAAUUUAACCGUAUUUAUUCCCACUUUAUUUAAUUCUCAAUACGAAUACGCCAACGCCUCGUCGUCUCGGUGGCAGUGUGCAGCUUCUUUAUGGACGUUAGGAUGAGACGAAACAUUUGAGACUCACAAGGUUAGCCGUCAAAGGAGUCCGUCGGUCCUCUGAUUUCAUUCCUUUGCGUUUUUUACUUCCUUUCUAGGAUAAGUUUUAGUUUCACGGACAAAUCAGCGACAACGUCAGCUUAAAGUUUGAAUGGAGAUUUAAAAACAGCCGGACCGCUCCUGUAUGUGUCUGGACUAGUUUCCAUAUUUCUGAAGCUACACUCAUUAGCCUAGCCUCGGAGCUCCUCCAGGGCCGCGGGAGCAGAGCAGCCCCCCAGAGGAGGCGCUAUGAACGGGUUCAGCACCGAGGAGGACAGCCACGACGGACCUCCGGCCCCACCGGGCUGCGGGCAGAGCUGCUGCCUGCUGGAGGACGGGCAGCGCUGCGGGCGGUCGGCGGGCAACGCUUCGUUCAGCAAGAGGAUCCAGAAGAGCAUCUCCCAGAAGAAGCUCAAGCUGGACAUCGACAAGAGUGUCCGUCACCUCUACAUAUGUGACUUCCAUAAGAACUUCAUCCAGAGCGUCCGAAACAAGAGGAAGAGGAAGACGAGCGACGAUGGGGGAGAGUCACCUGACCACGACGUAGAGGUCCCAGAGGUGGAUCUGUUCCAGCUGCAGGUGAACACACUGCGGCGCUAUAAGAGACACUACAAGCUCCAGACCCGGCCAGGCCUCAACAAGGCCCAGCUAGCUGAGACGGUGAGCCGCCACUUCCGGAACAUCCCGGUGAACGAGAAGGAGACGCUCACCUACUUCAUCUACAUGGUGAAGAGCAGCAAGACCCGCAUGGAGCCCAAGGCCGACGGGGCCAAGCAGCUCGACUAGCCGCCGCCCCCACCCCCCCAUCAGCACCGCCAUCCGCUCCUCCGUCGCCACGGCAACCCCUGGCCCGACGGAACCCGCCGCUGCAGCCGCUGGCCUGCUGUCAUUGGUCGGUUCUGAGGGGUUCCGGGGGGCUGCUGUCCCCGGGCAGAACAUGGAAACCGUCCCCCCCCCCCCCCACCGACAGACCGGCCUUCUGACCCCAUGGACCCCCUGGUA